UUAGUGUCAGUUAUGACCACUAGCUCUCUCUUUCUCUCUCAUUCAAAAAUAGCUUGAUUCAAGAAUGUGAAUAUACCUCUCUCUCUCUCUCUCAUUUCAAAGUUUAAAACUUUAGUUGGAAUCGUGUAGAUCACAAUGUGGCAAGUUGCUUUGGGGGCAGCAUUUGCAGCAGGAUCUGGGUUUCUAGCUAAAAGGCUAAUCAAUCCAAAUGCCCCUCUACCCUCCACCCAAAAUGACCAAGAAUCUGAUCAACCCAAAGACCAAAAUGGUCUCAGCUCGUCCAGUUUUGUUGACCAAGAUUCAAAUUUUACUGGGGAAGUUGGGGCAAAGGAGGAGUCUUUGGGUGAUCAAUCAAUCUUUAGGUUUUCCAGUUCUCCAGGUUCAGAAAGAGGGCCCAGCAAGAACAGUGGGUGUGGGUCUUGCAGGAACAAGCAGGGAAAUGUGGAGGGGUUUAAGAGAGAUAAGGAUGGGAGGAUGGUGAAGAAGUGUGGGUUCAAGAAGGGUGGAAUGGGGGGGUUAGAUCAUAGAUGCAGUGGGAGUGGGAAGAAGUUCUAUGUUUGUUUGAAGAAGAGAAGAACCAGCAAAACUGCCCCAGGAAAAUGUGAAUCUUGUUCUUCCAAUAAAGGAAAUUCAGUUUUCGGUUGGGGUCUUGGUAUUGGAAUGAUGUGCAUGAUGUCAGCCCGGGGAGCUGAAAUCAAUAAGCUCAACGUUGCAAUGGACGAAACCUCAAAGAUUUCGGGGGAUAUGAAGGAAGAGCAUAAUAUGGAGCCUGAAUUUGUUAAGUUAUGCACUGAGAAUAGAAAUGGCAAGAGAAUCUUCGGCUUUGCUGUAACCGAGGAAGGUGAAUACGCGAGUAGCGUUCUUACAGAGGAGCUGCAGCCCGAAGCUCGGGAAAUGGAUGAGCUCGAAGCAGAACUUGAAUCUGAACUGCAGAAACUUGAUGGUUCUGGCUCUGAAGUAAGAGAAGAUAUUUAUGAGAAUGGAGAUUUGGAUGAAGAUAUGAAUUCGUAUGAACUCAACGGAGUUCCUCCCUCUGAACUGCGCCAGAAAUUGUGCCAAGUACUCAUCGAGCAACAGGAAAGCCAGAUAGUGGAGUUAGAAUCUGAGCUGCAAAGGUCGCAUCGCAAACUCCACGAGAAAGAAACCGAGCUCCAAGCACUCAAGGACUGUGUUCGACGCCUCACCGACUUUUCUUUAGAUGAAGACACAGAAGGCCAUUCAAGAAUGAUUGUUGACAAUGAGGAGAAGCAGAAUAUGGGUGGUGACUUUAGGAAAUUAAUGGUUGGGAGCAAAAGAACAUCAAUGGAGUUUUGAGCAAAAAAACAUCAAUUAGUGGAUAAGUAGACCAACAAAAUACCCCUCUCGGGGAAAGUCUGACCGAGAACUCUUUAGCUUGGUGUAUACAUAGUCUAGGUCUGAUCGAUAACUCUUUAAUCGGGCAUAUAUAUAGUCUACUUAUCGGGCAUAUUUGAAGCUCACGUAUAAACUCUAAUCAUGUAGUUGUAUUUGUAACCCGCUUAUUUAUCAACUGUUUUAAACUGUUGGGUUAUAUCUUUCGUUUUUUAAGAUUUGAAUGUACCCGUUACAUAUGCAAUGUCUUGUCAACUUGGUUGAGGUUUGAAUUGACUCUUCAGCCCAACUUUAGUUGGACUUGCUAAUACUCAAGAUUA